UGCACUCUUUGGGGUGUGCAGACUUUAGCAAGUAGACUUGACUUCAUUCGCUGUCGCCAAUACGCAACGUCAGCAGAAUUAGAAUACGAACCUUGGAAAAGAUGGGUGUUUGUGUGUCGAAGAAGACUUCUAAGGAAGAGUUAAGGAAAUCAAUAAAAAGGAAAGUGAUAAUAACUUCGGACGAACAGGAGGCAAUUUUGAUUGCUGAAAUGAGGAACCAACUGAGGAAUGUUUAUGGCCAAAACUCCCUGGGGUUAGCGAUGAUGGAAAUGACAGAAACACCAAAUAUUAUUUGGAAGGUAACUGAAAUCGAAAAACUAAACAUGUCACAUAACUUCCUUCUGAACAUUAGCCCUGGCAUCGAGAAACUCCAGAAUUUAGUCAUCCUGAAUUUACUGGGGAAUCAGUUGACUGCUCUGCCGAAGGAGAUUGGGCUGCUGAGGAAGCUGAAUGUUUUAUUUGCCGAUUGGAACUGUCUGCAGGAAGUCCCAAUGGAAAUGGGUCACUGCAGGAAGUUGAAGGUGCUCAGCCUCUCCCACAAUGCAAUAUCAUCUCUCCCGGAGAACCUGGAUGAGCUGAAGAAACUGGAAAAGCUCAACUUAAGCAACAACCAGUUUGUCCAAUUGCCCGUGUGCAUCUACGGGAUGAGAAGGUUGACUUUCUUACACAUAGGCUGCAACAGGAUCGAAAGCAUCUCUGAAAGUGUGGGCCAGCUGGAGAGCAUGAGGAUUUUUAUCGCUGAGAGAAACAAGCUUCGAUUCCUGCCUAAAUCCAUCUGUUUGAUGCAGCCCCUGAAGCUUCUCAAUGUGAACUACAACAAGAUUGAAAACCUGCCCACAAAUCUUCCCAUGUUGAUGGAGUUAGAAAGGAUAGCCUGCCACUCACUGGACACAGGCCUCCAUGUCAAAUUCAACCCACUUGUCAAACCACUGCCAGAUCUUGUCGAAGAAGGGCUAGAAUCUCUCUUUGAUUAUUUAAAACCCAGACGGGACAAUGAAUGACUAAAUUCUCGCUGAAAAUCUGCAAGGUUUGAGUGCAGAUUUCAAAAAUUCACCUCUGAAAUUAGUUGAUGACUGACCUUACUUUGAACCACAACCUUUGUGCACUAUGAGGUGAAUGAGUUUGCAAAGGCACGUCUUAGAAAGCAAAUAUCUUCCUCGUAGAGAUAUACUAAAACAGGAUAUGUUCAAAGACAGCUUUUGUUUUCUAUUUGACGAAUGUUAUUUCAAGGCGUUGUGUACUUUUGACUGGUUUGGAAAAUGCUAUCUGGAAGUAAAGAAAUAUUUAUCAUUUCAAA